AUGGAUGCCAGCCUGGGAUCAGUCACCAACACCACCACCAACAGCAGCAGCAACCCUCCUCCAUGUGGGACCAGCUCCGAGUUUAAUCAUUAUUAUGGGAAUGGAAGAAGAGGAGGGCCUUGCUUUGAUCAACAUGGCGGACAACAAAGCGCAGGGACUGGGGUAAAACCGGCGGCGCACUCGGCACACAGCACCAUGGAUCAGGUUCAAAACUCACACGAAGGCUAUAACAACAACAACAACAACAGCAGCAGCCCGUACAACAACAACUACCCAAACUAUCGCCCUGGCUACGGCGGCAGCAGCAGCGGUGGCAGCGGCUAUGGAGGAAUGAUGAGCCCCGCACGGCAGGGGAGUAACCUGCUCGGCCUGGCCGCCUCUAGUAGCGCCAAAGCCGGCAUGACUGCUGCUAACACCCCGGUCGGAGCUGGAGGUGGAGGUGAUGGAGGCGGAGGAUUUCAGCGAUUUCAGCAGCACCCAUCAGGAGCUACACCGACUUUAAAUCAACUAUUAACGUCUCCGAGUCCGAUGAUGCGUGGUUAUGGAGGUGGAUAUCCUGAAUAUAGUAAUAAUAAUAAUAAUACUCCGCAGCAACAGCAGCAGCAACAGCAGCAGAGCAUCGGUGGCUCGUCUGUAGCGGCUCACGGUUGGGGAGGACAACACCGAAACCACCCUGCUAUGAACCCGGGAAACAACGGGCAGGGCGGCGGCAGAUCUCAGGUGCCGCCCAUGGACCCGAUGGCGAUGAAGCGCUCACAGCUCUACGCCAUGAGCAACAACCCAUACUCCCAGCAACAGGCGGCGCCGUACCCUGGCCAGCCCUACGGCUCCCCGUCUCCACACAGAUACCCGAUGGGCAUGCCGGGUAGAGGGCAGAUGGCGUUGGGAGGGAUGCAGUACCCUCAGCAGCAGAUGGGUUCUCAGUACGCUCAGCAGCAGAACGUGGGCGGCUACUGUCAGCCGGGUCAGCCGCCAUAUUUCAGCCCCCCACAGCAGCAGCCCGCCGCCCCCAGCCAGCCACCGUACAUGCAGCCUCGUCCACUGCCGCAGCAGGAGGUGCCACAGGAGGCGUACGGGGGGCGUGGCCAGUCCGCUGCAAUGACUCCUGGGAAACCAAACCACGAGGAGAUGAGUCUGAGCCAGCAGGAGAGGCCAUCCAGUCUGCCGGGUGCUGAUGCAGUUGCCAUGGCGACAUGCAGAGAGGAAAAUGGCUCGGUUGCAGGAAGAGAGAGAGAUCUGUCCGGCUCCAUCGAUGACUUGCCGACGGGCACCGAGGCGGCGGUGAGUUCAGGUGGAUUAGGAUCUGCCGGCGCUCAGAGCGACCAGGGAACACCGACCCGCUCUCCCUUCUCCCCCCACGUCUCGCCCCGACUCCUCCCGCUCGCCAGAACCGGACCCUCCCCCUCCCCUUCGCCAUCUCCCGCCGGGUCAAGAUCCGGACCACUCUCACCCGCCAGCAGCGGACCAGGAUCUCAGCUGACCCCUCAGGUCUCCGGUCCAGGAUCAGAUGUUGGUCCUCAUUCCUCCCAGUCUGCCAUGACUCAGGACAGAGGUUUCCCUCCUUCCAUGCAGCGUAGCACCCCUGGGCCCCAGUUUGGCUCCCAGCAGUCAGCACCGCCCAUGUCCCCUCACCCAGCGCCUGCGGGCCCCAUGCAUCACGGCUCCUACCAGCAGGGAGGACCCUCUUACAGCCAGUAUGGACCCCCAGGUAACUUCCCCCGGCCCCCCCACUACGGCGGGGCUCCCAGUGCCAACUACAGCGGCCCCGGUCCAGGACCCGGCCUCGCCAACAGCCUUGGAUUGAACGCCAGCAGUCCCAUGCACGGUCAGGGUCCCUCCACUCCGGCAGGUCGCGGCCCCGGGCCCGGCGCAGGGGGCAGGCCUUUUCCAGCCGGAGGUAACGCCAUGGCCCCCACCUCCCCCGGCAUGCCACAGCCCGCUGGGCAGGGCAUGGGACCUCCGGGCCCCAACGGCAACCGCAAACCACUGGAGGUUAUUCCCAACGCGGGGCCGAUUGCCAACUCUUCCUCCAACGCUGCUGCUGCUGCUGCUGCUCAGGGCAGGCCUCCCUUCUCUCACUCCCCCGUCUACCACAACCAGUCCUGGCCCGGGGGUCGACCUGCCCUCUCUCCUACCCCUCACCCCUCUCACCCUCCUCACCCUCAGCACCAUCAUCCUCCUCCUCCUCCUCCUACUCCUCCUCACCACCCUCAGAAGGUCUCCAAUUCUCUGCCCCAUCCCGCCGGGCAGACCCCCCCAGAGCAUUAUGGGCAGGGCAGCUUCCCUGGCAUGGCACCAAUGGGAGGAAUGGGACCCGGAGGCCCUGGAGGUCCUGGAGGUCCGUUCAUCCAGCAACCAGGGAGCAACUCUGGCAGGAUGACGCCUCAGGGACUCCCCUACAACGCCCCAUCCUCAGGCCCGAUGAUGAUGCCAGCGGAUGGGAUGGGCGUUCAUCCUGACGCCAAGCAGAGGGUGGAGCUAAACAAAGAGGUCGUCGCCCCUCCUGCUGAUCCACCCAAACCCAAGAAGCCCAGCGCGGCCACCAUGACCAACGAGAAGAUCACUCGGCUCUACGACAUGGGCUCGGAGCCGGAGCGCCGGGCGUGGGUCGACCGCUUCCUGUCCUUCAUGGAGGAGAGGGGGACGCCCGUACCAAACCUCCCCGCCGUCGGCAAGAAGCCGCUGGACCUCUGCAGACUCUACCUGUGUGUCAGAGAGAUCGGAGGACUGGCCAUGGUGAAUAAGAACAAGAAGUGGAGGGAGUUGUCGUCCCAGUUGAACGUGGGGACGUCCAGCAGCGCCGCCAGCUCUCUGAAGAAGCAGUACAUCCAGUACCUGUUCACCUACGAGUGUAAGGUGGAGCGAGGGGAGGAGCCUCCACCCGAGGGCACGGGACCCGCAGCAGACACCAAGAAACGCCCGUCACCCCAGACCAAAGUCCAACCUCCCUCCCCAGCCAAUUCGGGUUCCCUGCAGGGCCCCAACACCCCUCAGUCCAGCAGCAGCUCCCUGGCCGAGGCCCCCAUAGACAUGAAGCCCCUGACCCCGGCCCCCACUCCGCACAGCCAGAUGGGCCCCCAGCCUGUCAACAGGAACAUGGUCGGAGUGAGCAUCCAGGACCCGUUCUCUGAAGGCAACGAUCCAGCCUUCCACAAGCGAGGCCCGGGACCCGGCGGCGCCCCCUACCAGCAGGGAGGAGGUCCUACAGACCCCUCCAUGAGGAUGCAGUACGAUGCCAACAAAGACCCAUUUGGAGGACAGAGGAAAGGUCCAGGACCCGGCGAGGCCUUCGGUCCUGGACAGAUGCCCAGCGGUGCCAUGCAGGACAUGUACCCCCGCGGGCCACCCUCGGGGCCCCUGACAGGGAUGGGCCCUCGGCCACAGUUCCCCUACGGCCCCGGUUACGAGCGAAGGCCGGACCAUGCGAUGGGGCCAGAGGGAGGAGUUCAGAACAGCAUGGGCCCCUCUGGAAAUGAAGCCGGCAUGUACCCCGCCAACAGAUACCCCCCCCACCAGAGACACGGACACGACGGCUACGGGCAACAGUUUCCUCACAACAUGGCCUACGGUUCCCAUCAGCCCCUGUACCCUCAGCAGCAGGGCUACAAGCGUCCGAUGGAGGCGAUGUAUCCGCCCGCUAAGCGUCAUGAGGGCGAGGCGUUCGGGGUGCAGCAGUUCAGCUCCCAGCAGCCCGAGAUGUUCGGCCCCUACGGGGGUGCAGGAGGGGGCUACAUGGGCCCCGAGCGGCGGCCGGUCCAGGGCCAGUACCCGUAUCCGUACAACCGCGAGCGCCAGGGCCCCCCGCAGCUCGCCAUGAUGGGCUCAGGAGCUCCGGCGGUGUCUGGGGGUCCCGGUGAGGGGCCGCAGGGCAACAUGUGGCACCCCAGGACAGAGAUGGGCUUCCCGUUCAACCGGCAGGGCCAGGGGCCCCCGUUCCCCGGCAUGGGCCGAGGGGAAGACCAGGAGGGCAGGGCACCCCAGGACGGCCAGUGGGCCCCCAGCCACCCAGGGCAGCGCCAGCUGCCGUUCCCUUCCCACUCCUCUUCCUCCUCCUCUUCCCCCUCCAUGCCCCCCCUACCCUCCAGACAGCCCCCCUCCUCCUUCCAGGCCGCACCCAUCAUCCCUAACCAUGUGACCCGCUCUCUCAGCCCCUCAUUCUUCCCGCGGCCCAUGGGUGGCUCUCUGUCCCCCAACAGUGCCCCCUACAUGCCCUCCAUCAAGAAGCCCGGCCCAGCACCCGGUCAGGGACCCCUCCCCCUCCACAGAGACGUCAGCUUCCCCCCCGGCUGCACCGAAGCCACGCCUCCAAAACUGAAGCCACGACGCCGACUCACCGCCAAGGACACGGGAACCCCGGAGGCGUGGCGGGUGAUGAUGUCACUGAAGUCCGGCUUAUUAGCAGAGAGCACCUGGGCUCUGGACACCAUCAACAUCCUGCUGUAUGACGACAGCACCGUGGGCUCCUUCAGCCUCACACAGCUGCCUGGUUUCCUCGAGAUCAUCGUGGAGUUUUACCGUCGCUGCCUCAUCCAGAUCUUCGGCAUCCUGGAGGAGUAUGAGGUGGGGUCAGAGGGUCAGGGCACCCUGUUGGGACCCCUCCCAGAACUUCUCAAAGAGGAGGAGGUGCCAACUGAGUCUAACAGCCAAUCACAGGAGGAGCAGAGGAUAGCGAGGAGGUCGGUGGAGGAGACGGCGAAGCUUCUUCUUUCAGCUGCGCCCAACAUCAGCGGCGAGGAGACGAAGAACAACAAUGCCGCUGCCGUCGUCAAGGAGGAGCCGGCAGAGCCCCGCCCCCAACAGGCCAGCAAGCACGACAAGCUGCCAAUCAAGGUGGAGGAGACGGGGGAGGAGUGGCAGCAGGUGGAGGAGCGCUGGGCCGAGCUCAGCCGCCGCAACGGCUUCAUCAGCGGCCUCCUGCACUGGAAGGCCGGAGGAGGAGACUCCACCACUCACAUCCAGACGCACCUGGAGCCCCGAGCAAGAAACUCCGCCCCCCCAGACCCACUGGAGUGGGAGGGGAGAGGGAGAGGGGGAGGAGGAGGAGAACAGGAAAGGAGUCAGGAGAGGGAGGGAGGAGCUGAUGGACAGGAGGAGGAGGGAGGGGAGGAGCAGAACCAACAAGAGUGCAGAGGUCAGAGGUCACCGGUGGCUCAGAGUCCCAUCAGCCAGCUGGAGGACGAGCCGCGCUGCUGGGACGAGGCUCCGCUCUCCACCGCCGAGAACUGGCAGGACUCCCUCGCCAAACGCUGCGUCUGCAUCGCCAACAUUGUGCGCGGCCUCUCCUUCGUCCCCGGCAACGACACCGACAUGUCGCAGCACCCGGGUCUGAUCCUGAUCCUGGGCCGUCUGGUUCUGCUGCACCACCACCACCCCCGCAGGAAACGGACGCUGCCCACCUACCAGCGGGAGGAGGAGCAAGGGUUGGCGUGCAGCCGGGACGAGUGGUGGUGGGACUGCCUGGCGGCGCUCAGGGAGAACACGCUGGUGACGCUCGCCAACAUCGCCGGCCAGCUGGACCUGUCGCAGUACACCGAGAGCAUCUGCCUGCCGAUCCUGGACGGACUGCUGCACUGGAUGGUGUGCCCGUCCGCCGAGGCCCAGGACCCGUUCACCUUGGCGGGCAACUUCUCCUCGCUCACGCCGCAGCGGCUGGUGCUGGAGUCUCUGUGCAAGCUGAGCAUCCAGGACUGCAACGUGGACCUGCUGCUCGCCACGCCGCCGUUCCGCCGCCAGCAGAAGAUCUUCUCCACGCUGGUGCGGCUCGUCGGCGAGAGGAAGAGCCAGGUGUGCCGCGAGAUGGCGGUGGCCAUCCUGUCCAACCUGGCGCAGGGCGACACCGCGGCGGCCCGGACCAUCGCGCUGCUGAAGGGCAGCGUGGCGACUCUGAUCGGCUUCCUGGAGGACAGCGUCGCCAUGGCGCAGUACCAGCAGAACCCACAUAGCCUGAUGCACGCCGCCACGCCGCCCGAGCCGCCAAGCGUCAACAUGAUGUGUCACGCCGCCAAAGCGCUGCUGGCGAUGGCGAAGGUGGAGGAGAACCGGGCGGAGUUCGUUCUGUACGAGAGCCGGCUGCUGGACAUCUCGCUGUCGGCCGCGCUCAGCUCCGCGGUGGCGGCCAUCAUGUGUGAAGUACUCUUUAAAAUCGGCCGCUCGUGACACAAACACCGCCACGGAGCGCGCUCAGUGACGCCGGAAGCAGCUCUGCCCAUGUGACGAACUGGCUCCUAUUAUAUUUUUAUUUAAAGAAAAGAACACAAAAAGGUUUUUACAUACAAAUGAAUAUAUAUAGAAUAUAUAAAGCUCCUCGGCUCCAUCUGCAAAUGUUUAUUUGGGAUUUUUAAGUAAUUUUAAUACAAAAAAAAUAUUUAAUACUUGUAUUUUUAAUUUUUUAUUCUUUGGUCAGUUUGUUGUUUUUUUUUGUUUUUGUUUUGUUUUAACCAAAGUGUGACGAGGUGGGAAGCGCUCGGGUUCUGGCUCCUUGAUGUUUUUUAAAUGGAUCGUGGUUGUUUCUUUAUGUUUUUUGGGGGUGGGGGUUAGUUAGGUUUUUAUUGGGGGCGGGGGGGCGUGGUCAGAUUUAUUUAAAUAGUGACACAUGUUGUAGAUAAGCCUCUCUCUCUCUCUCUCUCUCUCUCUCUUUUUAUUCUUUUUUUCAUGUGGUGUGACAGACGAAACACUGAUGUUCAGUCAUGUACUUUGUUCUGGUGCAAUAGGACUUAUCGGUUUGUUUGUUUGGGGGAUUUUAAAUGUGAAUUAUUUGACCAUCUUUGCAGUUUGACCAUCAGUAUUUUUUUUGCCGAACCACAGCAGUAUCCAGCAGGAAAAAAGGGGGGUUGGGGCGGGGGGGCUGCGUCACUUUCAGUUUUUUUUUAAAGAACUUUUUACGUCUGCUCCACACCAAUCACAUCUUUAAAAAAAAACAAAAAAAAAAUGGUUCCCUCCACUGUUCAUCGUCCCUACUGUAAAUAUAGAAGAUGUACAUUUGAGCUCCAGCAGGUGGCGUCACGACUCGGUGACGGAAGCUGGAUAACGAAUUUAACGGUCCUCAUUUAUAAUCACAACUCUCUCUGCUCACCUGAAGAUUCAGUUUCUCUCCUCUCUGCAGGUGGAGGCAAGUUUUUCUGUAUUUAAAGUUUUAAAAAAAAGAAAAAAAUAUCAGUUUUUUGGGUUUUUUGGGUGGGGGGGGGGCGGGUGGUCGGAUUUUGAGAGACUGUAUGUACAGGAGGUCCGAGUGCUGGACUGUACUCAUUGUUAACUGACACAACUUCAGAACAGUUAUAACAAAUGUAAAGAGAGAAAAAAAAAGAAAAUCUCUACAUCCAGAAACGUCUCCUGUUUGAUUUUGACCGUCUUGAAAUCUUCAAAUGUUCCACAAACAUGUUUUUAAAAAAAAAUAAACGUACAUGAACUCUGGUUGAGCACUGUGAACGCAGCGCCGGGCUGGUUUUGUGACAAGAGACGAACAAAAAGAGUUUGAUGGUUAAAAAAGUGAAGAGAUCUACAAACUUUGCUGUUUUUAUAUCUUUAUCUUUACUGGGGGAAAAAUAAUUAAAUAAAACAAUUUAUAAUUUUCC